AUGUCGUCGGUAAUUGAUGAAUUAGCAGAAGAAAAUAAAGAAAGUAUUACACUUGUCUGGUUAGAUCCAAAUCCAAAUGAAAAAGUAAAAACAACAGACAUGAUAAAAAAAUUAAGAUCAAUCAAUGAUUAUGUUCUAAUUGAAACAAAUGAAGAAGAAUGUAUUUCAUACAUUAAAAAAGUAACAAAUGAAAAGAUUUUCUUAGUCAUACCAGGAACAUCAGCUAAUAUUCUCUUACCUCGUAUUAUUGAUUUGAAACAAAUUGAAGUUAUAUUUAUAAUUUGUGAUGUUCGAAGAAAAUAUUUCUAUUUAUUGGAUAAAUAUCCCAAAAUAGCUGGAAUAUUUAUUGAUCAAGAAGAUCUUAAUUCAAAUAUUCGUAAAAAUAUUCGUUCAUUAAAUAAACAAAUGGAAGCAUUUAGUUUCUAUGAUCAAAAACAAACUGUUUCAAUGGAUUUAUCGGAACGAACUGCCGAAUUUCUUUGGUUUCAAUUAAUUCAUGAUGUUGUAAUUUGUCUUCCAUCGAAUAAUCAAGCAAAACAAGAAAUGAUUGAUACAUGUCGAAAUUAUUAUCGUGGAAAUGAAAUUGAAUUAAAAUUAAUUAAUGAAUUUGAAAAAUGUUAUUCACGUGAAGAAUGUAUUCGAUGGUAUACAAAAGAAACAUUUGUUUAUAAAAUGAUUAAUAAAGCAUUACGUACAGAAGAUAUUCAACAAUUACAUACAUUUAGAUUUUAUAUUAGUGAUUUAUCAUCAACUCUUGCACAUCAACAUAAGAAAUUAGAAGAAUCUCAUGAAGAAAUAAUAACAACUGUUUAUCGUGGUGCUCAAUUAACAAUUAUUGAACUUGAACAAUUUCGAUUAAAUGAAAGUAAACUUAUUUCAAUUAAUGGUUAUUUAUCUACAAGUCGUUUACGUUCCAUCGCACUUCAUUUUACUACAAAUGAUCUGAAACGAUUAGAUACUCUUCCAGUUUUAUUUCAAAUCGAAUGUCAAACAGAUGAAAGUAAUUGUUCAAUUUUUGCCGAUAUUUCACAAUUUAGUGAUUUCCCUGAUGAACAAGAAGUUCUAUUUGAUUUAGGUACUGUUUUUAAAGUUGAGACUGUGAGUAAAGAAGAUAAUCUAUGGAAAAUUUGUUUAAAUGUAACAGAUGAUGGACGAGAAAUAGCUAAACAAUAUAUUGAAGAAACAAGAAAAGAAAUGGAAGGAGAUAGUGUUGCAUUAUUAUUUGGUAGAUUAAUGACGAGAAUGGGUCAUUAUAAGAGUGCAGAAACUUAUUUUCUACAGUUAUUAAAAGAUCCCGGAAGUGAAAAUCCAGCUCAUAUUCAUAAUCAACUUGGUUUAAUUUAUGAAGCUAAAGCUGAAUUUCGUCCAGCUAUGCAUCAUUUCAAUACAGCGUAUAGAUUAAUGAAAAGAUCAGAUCCACCAUUUGUUAAAGAUUCAGCACAUGUAUUACUUAAUAUGAGUCAAAUUUUAAGAGAACAAGGAUAUUAUAAUAAAGCACUUGAACAUAGUAUUAGAGCUAAACAAGUCUUGACUGAAUUAAAUGAUUCAAAUGAACUUGAAAUGGCACAUUGUUUACAUAGUAUUGGAUCUUGUUAUCGAGAUCAAAGACAAUAUUAUGAAGCACUUAAUCAUUAUGAACAAGCAUUAACUAUUAAACGAGCAUAUUUAUCUGAAAAUCAUAUUUAUAUAGCUAAAACAUUAAAUUCAAUUGGUCUUGUUUAUUUAAUGACAAAAGAUAUUGAAAAAGCAUUUAAUUAUUAUAUUUCUUCUUUGGAAAUGUAUCAAGCAUGUUUACCUGAAGAUCAUCCUGAUAUAGCAAAUGCUCUUCAUAAUAUUGCUCAAUGUUAUCACAAGAAAAAUCAAUUAGAUCGAUCUCUUCAACAUUAUCAAUUAGCUUUAACUAUGAAAGAAAAAUGUUGUCGUUCAGAUCAUCCAUCAAUUGCUAUGACUUUAAAUAAUAUUUCCAAUGUAUUAAAUGCACAAGGAGACAAAGUUAAAGCACUUGAAUUAUGUUUAAAAGCAUUAAAUAUACGAGAACGAUUAUUACCCUUUGGUCAUCCUGAUCUUGCGAUUAGUUUUCAUAGUGUUGGUCUUAGAUAUGAAACAUUAAAAGAAGAUGAAAAGGCAUUGAAAUAUUUCGAGAAAGCAUUAGAAAUUAGAAAAAUAUUUUUGUCAGAAGAUGAUCCAUUGAGAAAAAAUACUGAAAAUCAUAUUCUUCGGAUAAAACAAAAAUUCAUGUAA